GGACAGCCUGCAGCCUCUGAGGACGUUUACCGGAGCUCACAGCAGGACCAUCAGUGAGUGUGAGCCCAUCCCAAACAGCAACAGGUCUGCGUCCGACCCGCUUCACGUCACAGUUUGGACCGUUCGUUUAAAUCUCUGCUCUCUGCAUCUUUAGUCAAAUAAGCAAAUGGAGGCUUUGUUGCAACAUCAAACCAACGGACCUUCUUCCAGGCUCAUCAUGGUGUUCAUGUGGUGCAUCAGAAGCAGAAGCAGCUUAGUAGUAGUAUUUUACACGUAUGAGUUGCUUUGGGGAUGAGGUGCUGCACGCAGACAAACAUGCAGCUGACACAAGUAGAAAUACAUGAUAUGGAAUAAACAUGGAGGCCCUGAUCCUCCGUUUCUGCCUGUAGAUGUUUUCCCUCCUCAGGUAUUUCUGCACAGCGCUCUUCUUUCCUGACCUGAAGGCUUCUUCUUCUCCCUCAGCAAAUCUUUUAUCUUAGGGUUAUCAGGACUUGCUGCUGGAGAAGCACCUAGCCUUCAUGAGGAGCUGUAGUCUUCCACCGGCGUCCUCCCACAGAGGAAAGCCGAGUUGGUCCCACGCCGGGGAGCUGAAGCCUCCUCAGACCAUCUCCUCUCAGCUGGUUCUCUGUGUUCAAGCGGUUUGUAGACCGGCUGGAGGUGAACCAGGUUAUGAUCUGAGCCUUGGGGCAGGGGGGGUGGAGAACUGUGCCUCUCUGCAGUUUACCUGCAGAUGGUGACGGUGUCCUGGGAUAAGAAGAUGGUGGUCUGGGACCUGGAGACAGGACAUGUUCUGUGGAAGACGAAGCUGGGCGGCCUGCUGACGUCCUGCAGCUGCUCCGCCGACGGCCGGCUGCUGGUUUGUGCUGCGGAGCCUCAGAGCGCGGUUUACAUCUGCAGCGCCUCCAGUGGCCAGACGCUGCAUCACAUCAGCAACCAUCACCGCUCCACCAUCACGCAGUGCCGCUUCGACCCUCAGAGCCCGCGGGUGGCGUCCGUCUCUGCAGACAAGAGCAUCAAACUGUGGGACCUGCAGGCCCAGAAAGCCACCGUGUCCAUCAGCAGCAACCAUGGCAACGUGAUUUCUGCCUGCUGCUUCAGCAGCAACGGCCACUUCCUGUGCACGGCAUCAUGGGACAAAAGCCUGAAGCUGUGGGACCUGCAGGGGGGGCAGUUCCGCUCCCAGGGCGGGACGACGCUGCAGCGGGGCCAUGAAGGCAGCGUGAGCUGCUGUGUCCUCUCUGCUGACGCCGGCCUGCUGGCGUCGGGUUCCUACGACAGAACCGUGGCCCUGUGGGACCCCUCCUCGCUCAGCCGGACUCUGGUUCUGAAGGGCCACAGCGACUGGGUGACUGACGUUUCUCUGAGUGCUGACGGGAAGCUGGUGGCCUCUGCCUCCAAGGACGGCUCCGUUCGGCUCUGGGAUGUGGAGAACAUGGAGAACAUCCCUGAGGUGAUGCAGAGGAAGCGUGCCGAGGGAGCAGGAGUCCACAUCCUGCAAUGUGAGGAGUGCGGGAAGCCCUUCCCCGUGUCCAGACUGCUGACCUCAGAUCUGCUGACGCGCUGCGUCUUCUGCCGCCUCAGAGCUCCGCCCACAUACCGCCCCCAGCCGCCGCCGGUCACCUGACUUCCUGUGAUGCUGGGAAUGUCGCCGAGGUUGCCUUCCUCCAUCACGCUUUGAUCAGAUUUUAGAUGGACUCAUUUCCUGAUUCCGCUUUAUUAAUUAAUCUUAAUUAAUGGUUCUGACCCACAAUGAUGCUGUCAGAUGAACCGCCAGGAGCUGCAGCAAUAUCUUCACAGAAAUAAAAGGACCAGUUACAAUUAAAUCAUCAUUCAAUUAUUUCUGUGGCAACUUUGAAAUCUGGUUACUACAUUUAAAUUUCUCUGUUUUAAGGAGUUUUUGUGUCAUUUCUUCCUGGAAGUCAGAAAUGUUGAAAUCCCAGAAAUAUUUGAAAUGAUCAUGAAAAUCUGUCAUUGAUUUAUGUCAUUAAUGAAAUAUACCCCCCUCCUCGCCCACUGGGCGGGGCCACCGGUCGUAGUGGGCGGGGCUUACAGCCAGCGUUGCUCCAUUGUGUAAUUAACCAAUCAGACAUGAGGCCCCUUCUCAUGAGCUGCAUCACCAGAAAUAAUUAAAUACUGAAUGAUUUAUGGCUUUAA